AUGGAUUUCAAGGGGGUUCGGGCGCGUCAAGUAGGGCAGGCAGACCUGUACGGAAGGUCAAAGCGACGAACGCUUCGUGUUCUUAGCGAGAGCCCACUCAAUGCAGAACCCCCUGAUGUCGCUGAACUCUUGCAAUAUCCCAUAACACCUCGUCGCCUUAUCUACAAGCGCAACCAUUCGGAUAUCAAGGAUGUUAAAGCAGACGCGGGGGUGAAGGAACCAGCGUUCAACAUCACGAUUGAUGGAGAGGUUGACAGGGAUUUAAGCAUAUCCUUCCAAGACCUUGUAAACCAGUUUUCACGCAAGGAAGUUGUAGCUGCGCUCCAGUGUGCAGGGAACCGAAGGGCACAGAUGGCUGAAAAGACACAACGAGACGUGAAGGGACUGAAAUGGAAUGAAGGAGCAGUCUCGAAUGUAAAAUGGGGUGGUGUUUUGCUCCGCGACGUUCUUUUAUACGCAGGAAUUCCGACCAACUGCGAUGACCUGCACGUUUGUCUUGCAUCUCACAUAGCGCCAUGCGAGCAGGACACGUACUAUGGUGUGUCGAUUCCAAUUGAGAAAGUCAUGGAUGAAGGAGGUGAUGUACUACUUGCAUACGAGAUGAACGACGAACCGCUCACCCCGGAACAUGGAUUUCCUUUGCGCAUUGUCGUCCCAGGUUUCUCAGGCGCACGCUGGGUGAAAUGGAUUGAUCGUAUCACUGUCUCGCGGAAUGAAUCGCCCAACUUUUAUCAGCAACGAGAUUACAAAGUACUACCUGAUACAGUGAUUUCUCAUGACAUGGCUGAUGCUCAAGACUGGUGGAGUCGCGUUCCAGCUAUUCAAGCCAUUGCUCUCAACUCGGUUGUUGCCACCGUUCAGCGUGUGCCAAGUGUUAUCACCAACAUCACCAACGUUAGCCCUUAUACGCAUGGGCAUGUUACUCCUGAUGUUGGUAGAAUUGUGCUCAGAGCAACGGGUUACGCCCUAUCUGGCACACGCAUCACCAAGGUGGAUAUUAGUGCUGACUCAGGGAAGAACUGGGUACCAGCACAAAUUACUUACCAGGAGGGAAAAUGGAGCUGGUCAUUAUGGGAAGGAGAUAUCGCUGUCUCAGCCAGCAAUACUGCCAACGGUAUCAAUGGGAUCAACGGAGAGAAUGGUCAUAAUACCGAGAACGGGGUAGCGACGAAACGUGUGGUAACGGUAUGGAGUCGUGCUCAGGACGAGAGCGGGGACGUCCAGGUCACGGAGUGUGCGUGGAAUCUGCGAGGCGUUGGAUUCUGUGCUGUCGGGGAAAGGCAAGUGGAAAUAUAGGUGCAGUUCAACGAGGUUAUAGGUGUUGCGUGGAAUGGGACGGGCAAUGUGUUUGUAACACGCUGCUAGCGAAUAGUGAUUUCUCUAUAAAUUCAUGGGUUGGGCUGCUGGGUAUAUUGAAGGCGAGACGAGGAAUAUUUUUCUCGAAUUAUCUGUUAUGUCGUUCUCCGUUCCAAACGACCAACUAGAUGCUGAUCGCUGACUAUGUAAUAGUAGUGUGUAGAAUGUUCUUUUCCGAGGAUAUCAUCCAAUAACGUGCGGAGGCCGCAUUACUUCGACAAGAUAAGCUAUUAUGG